UCUAUUAUUGCCAAUAAUUAUUGGGGAUGAUGUCGUCACUGCGGUUGUUGCCAGGUCUAUGGCGUCAAAUUUGACGUCACUGGCGCAUCGCACCUACAGCCUUGAAUCUUGCGGACUUGUGAUCAUUUUAUGACACAUUAAAGCUUUACUGAAGCAUGUCUACUCCGGCCAGACGGCGACUCAUGCGAGAUUUUAAAAGACUUCAAGAAGAUCCUCCGACUGGUGUAAGUGGAGCUCCUUCAGAAAACAACAUCAUGCUGUGGAAUGCCGUGAUUUUUGGGCCUGUAGGAACUCCCUUUGAAGAUGGAACAUUUAAGCUUGUUAUUGAAUUUUCAGAAGAAUAUCCUAACAAGCCUCCUACAGUUCGCUUUAUCUCCAAAAUGUUUCACCCAAAUGUGUAUGCAGAUGGCAGUAUAUGUUUAGACAUACUUCAGAAUCGAUGGAGUCCCACAUAUGAUGUUUCUUCCAUUCUAACCUCCAUCCAGUCUCUGUUGGAUGAGCCAAACCCGAACAGUCCAGCCAACAGUCAGGCCGCACAGCUCUAUCAGGAGAACAAACGUGAAUAUGAGAAGCGAGUGUCUGCCAUUGUGGAGCAGAGCUGGGUCGACUCGUAACGCUGCUGACCUCACCAUGAACAUCUCUGACAACAAGUUCCGCCUGUGCAAUGGACAGCACUCGGUUCAUACGGACAUGCAUUUCUGUGCAAACACAUUUGAAGAAAACCAACUAUAUUUGUGUGCUUAUUUAUUUUUCUUUCUAACUGCAUGAUAAAUUAUUGCUAACAGCAUUUAAGAUGUGCUAUUGUUGGAUUGAUGCAGUUGAUGUUUUAAAGGAAUGCAGAUUGUGGCAAAAAUGUCUCAAGCAAUCCCUAAAUAUUUCCAACUUCAAGUUCUUUAGUAUACCAUUACUACAUUUGAGAUGGAAAUCUCUUCAAGAUUAUGUACAUUUUUAAUCUACGUAAUCUUUACAAAAUAAAUUUGACUAUAGGAAUCAUCUUUUUGUAUCUGUAUUUGAAACAUCUUUACACUCACGUGUUUGUGCUUCAAAUCAAACAAAGAGGGCGUGUAUACUAUAAGCUAUGUCCUAUACACAGUAGGAUGAAAGUGUGUUAUAUUGUUAAUGGGGAUGUUUUGAAAGUUAGUUUCUGUGAAUUUAUCAUAUAUGAACAUUU